CAAUUUGUACUUGUUGUAUACGCUCGCGACUACGUACAGAUACAUUCGCCGCGAAAACGCCAACGAAAAAGCUAAAAAAUAAACAAAACAACAAAAUCAAAAGUCAGGCCAAAACACUCGCGUUCAAGCAACUCGGAAGUCAGUCACAAUUGGACAGUGCACAUUGUAAUUAUUUUUCGUGAAAUCGACCCGCAGCGCCGCGUUUCGUGUUGUGUUAUUCUUGUUUAUUUGAUAAAAGAAAAGUCGAGCGAGUGUGUUUAUUGUAUGGCUGUGUGUGCAGUUGAUUGAGUUUAUAAAACGCCAAAGAAGUUUUAUAAAAUAAACAUUUGUUGGCCGACAUCGGUAAAUGCAAUUUUCCCUGAGCUGAUCCAAACAAGCAAGCAGACAAAGGUGGCACUAACAGCAGCAGCAGAAGCAGCAGCAAAUCAAGCCAGACAUCAACCAAUCAGUUAUACCAACGACAAAGGAGUUAGAAAAGCAGAAGUUGCAUAUACGCCAACAACGAAGUCGCUUCAAAGAAGAAUUAACAAAAGUGAUUAGAAAAAUCUGUGACAGAGUGGAAAUUCUGAGCGAAUUCUCUAUUAAAAGUGUUUUAAGCGAAUAAAGUCCACUACAAAGCGCUAAGCAAAGGCCAACAAAGCAAAAAAGCCAAAACAGCGUUCGGCCUGCAAAAACCGGAAGCCAAGCGUCCAAGCUAGCCAGCCAGCCAGCCAGCGAGCCAUCAAAGUUCAUUGAGAAGCGCUCCACGUAGCGUUCACGCAUAUUUUCAGUCGCGUUGUGCCGCGUUCAGCAGUAGCGCUGGAAUACUUUAUUUCACCCCCCGGUCCAAUAAACGUCGCCAAAAUAAUUCACCAACAAACCAUCACCGACAUCAACUUCGCAACGGCGACCACAAUGCCAUAUAACGGCGCCAGCAAUGGCAGUGGUGGUGGCGGUGGCGGAGGUGGUGGCGGUAUAAGUGAUGGGCCGCAGAACAAGAAGAUACGCACCGGUGUACAGCAGCCGGGCGAAACGGAUGCACAUCUGCAUGCAAGGGCGGUCGUACAACAGAGCCAGCAACAGGCUUUACUCAACAAAUCCAAUGAUGAUCUGCGACGGAAACGCCCGGAAACUACGCGGCCAAAUCACAUUCUACUCUUCACCAUCAUAAAUCCAUUCUAUCCCAUCACAGUGGAUGUUUUGCACAAAAUCUGCCAUCCCCACGGCCAGGUGCUGCGUAUUGUCAUCUUCAAGAAGAAUGGCGUGCAAGCAAUGGUGGAAUUCGAUAGUCUUGAGGCGGCAACAAGAGCACGUGAGAAUUUAAAUGGUGCCGAUAUUUAUUCGGGCUGCUGCACUUUGAAAAUUGAUUAUGCCAAGCCGGAGAAAUUGAAUGUAUACAAAAAUGAGCCAGACACCAGCUGGGACUACACACUUACCGCAGUUAAGGAGAUUGGAAAUGGUCGAUCACCGCUGCUACAAGAGCCGCUAUAUGGAACACGCCCACAGCCCUACAGUAAGUUUCAGCCAAAUAAUUUCAUUACAACCACGACAAGUGGUGCCAUUGGCCUCAUAUCCACACCAACCAAUUUUUGUCAAUUUAAAGAACCACCACUGCUGGGACCCGGCGCCGCUUUUCCACCAUUUGGCGCAGCGGAAUUCCAUCCCACCACACCGGAGAAUUGGAAGGGAGCCACCAUUCAUCCGACCGGACUGAUGAAGGAGCCAGCUGUGGUGCCGGGGCGCAAUGCACCCGUCGCAUUCGCCACACAGGGACAAGGACAGGACAUUAUACCUUCUCUCCAGGGUGCUGUCAUGAUGGUUUAUGGCUUGGAUCACGACACAUCGAAUACAGAUAAAUUAUUCAAUUUGGUCUGCUUAUACGGCAAUGUUGCAAGGAUUAAAUUUCUGAAAACCAAAGAAGGCACCGCUAUGGUACAAAUGGGCGAUUCGGUCGCCGUCGAACGCUGUGUCCAACAUUUGAACAACAUUCCCGUCGGCAAUGGUGGCAAAAUCCAAAUUGCCUUCUCCAAACAGAAUUUCCUGUCCGAAGUUAUAAAUCCAUUUUUAUUACCCGAUCAUACACCCAGUUUUAAGGAGUAUACCGGCUCAAAGAAUAAUCGCUUCCUGUCGCCAGCCCAGGCAAGCAAAAAUCGUAUACAACCACCGAGCAAGAUUCUGCACUUUUUCAACACACCGCCUGGCUUAACCGAAGACCAGCUCAUAGGCAUUUUCAAUAUCAAAGAAGUGCCCGCCACAUCGGUGCGAUUAUUCCCACUCAAAACGGAGCGUUCCUCAUCGGGCCUGAUUGAGUUCCCAAAUAUUUCACAGGCCGUGUUGGCCAUCAUGAAGUGUAAUCAUCUGCCAAUUGAGGGUAAAGGUACCAAAUUCCCCUUCAUCAUGAAACUCUGCUUCUCGUCGUCGAAGAGCAUGAAUGGCGCCUGGAAUAAUGCCACCAACGAGGGCAUGAUCGAGAAAGAGAAUGAAGCGGAAGUUAAACAGGAUGUAUAUAAUUGAGAUUUAAUACAAAUCCUUUAAGCUUAAAAACCCAACAACAACAAUAACAAUAACACAACACAACCAUAUAUAAAUAAAUAGAGACAACAUUGAAAAGAAGCAAAAAAAAUAAUAAAAAAAUAAAAACAAAACACAAAUGCAAAUAACAACAUUGAAAACAAAAAAAAAAACAAUUAGAAACUAGAAUGGCAAAGACAAACAGCGCUGCAAGCCGCAAAGCAGAAGUAUGAGUGUAAGAAGAAAAAGCGAAGAAAGGCAAACUAGGAAAGUUACGUAAACGCAAUGAAGCGGUGCGCCGCAGACGAAAGCAGCGUAGAACAAGUGAAAGCGAGCAGCGCGAAGAGCGUUAAGAAAACAAUUUUGCGUUUGGAUAACAAACAACAGCAACCAGAAUAACAACAACAACAACAACAAAGGCACUUUUUUUAGUAUAAUUCGUUGGUAUUGAAAUGAGACAAUUAUUAUUAAAAUAAAAAAUUUACUUUAAUUACUAUUAUUACGAACUAUACUUAUGUAUAUUACUUAGCUACAUUUAAAAAUAUUAUAUAAUUAUUUCCUAUUUUUCGCUCAUUAAUGUUUUUGGUUCUGUUAACGAAUUUUUCACACACCCAACACGCAUUGAUGCGCACUUGACGACAUUUUUUGACUGGAGCGAAAUGUGUAGACAUACAUACGUACAUACAUAUUUGUAUAAUAUAAUAUUGUUUUGAUGCAGAGAAUGCGGGAGAAAAAGGCGAAAAAUGGCAAAAAAAACAAAAAAAAACCAAAAACUGUGUUUUUGAAAAAAUUUGAUUGCUUUAUUUUAAAAACCUAAGAGCCGCCUUGAAGGAAGCAAUUCAUACAAAAAGUAUACCCACACGCAUACAGAUACACAUAUUGUAUGUAAAUAUACGCUGGCUGUUGAGAGUGGUGGUUACACUUAAAAUUGUAUUUAAAUUAGUUUUUAAUUUGUAUAAUUAUAAUUUCCCAUUUCAUUUCAUUACAUCGCAUCGGUUCUUUCAUUGUACUACUCUUAUUACAUACAUACAUAUGUAUAUUAUUAUUAUAUUAAUAACUAUUUCGCCCAAAAUCAUUCGCCUGUUGAAUUUGUAAAUUGAAAUUGAGUGGACAUUAGUUUUAAAUAUAACUAUACUUAUAAACUUAAAUUUAAAACAAAAAAAAAACAAAAUUAAAGAACAAAAAAUAGAGAAAAAAAUUUAUCGAAAAUAAAUGCUAAAGAAACAAAAAAAACAAACAAGAAAUGAAAGUAGCAUUGAAUUUCGUUAGGUGAAAUAUAUAUUUGAUUUGACAAUAUUAAGCAAAAGAGCCAGAAAAAAGAAGUACAUAUUAGUUGAAGAAGAAAACAAAACACGAAAAAGGAUAACAAUAGCAGCAGAAGUUAGCGGAAAAUUAUAGAAUUGCAAAUGAAAAAUUUGCAACGCCACAAAAGAAAGCAUUGAAGAACAAGAGCCAACAAAAUGAAGCCAGCAGAUUUUAUAAGAAAAAUAAAGCAAAAAUGGCAAACAAAAAAGUUAGUAAAAAAAUACCCAAAACAAAAAAAAAUA